UCCAGGAGAACGAGACAGACCAAGAGCAUCUCACCUAAAGACUUGCGCCAGCAUCCGAAGAUAAGAGCAGAAACCAACAGAGAUACCAACAGGUGUGAGCUCCGUCCUCCGUCCGUCUUCCAUCCAUCCAUCCAUCCAUCCAUCCAACGUCCUCACCACCCACCCCGAGAACAGAAGCAUGAACGUGGACACAGCGCUGUGGGUGGUCCUGGUGGGUCUGAUCCUAGCCAUGGCUGGGGUGGGUCAGUGUCUGCAGGAGGAGAGGGGUGUGGAGAACAACAUUCUGCCGGGGGAAUCAGGAGAGGCGCUGGAGGGUGAGCACGCGGACGGGUUUAACGAGUUGGACGAUCGUCUCCUAGCCGCUGUGAUUCACUCUCUGCUCCAGAGAAACACCAGGAACCCCUCUGUUCUCCACCAGCCUCAGAGGUUUGGUCGUGACAGCAGAGGAGACCUGCUGAUGGGGGACAGGAUACAGUCCAGAGACUGGGAGCAGGCUCCAGGACAUAUCUGGGGCAUGGCUGUGCCGCAGAGAUUUGGCAAGAAAUAGGCUUUGGUUGAGACUCAACAUCUCAUCUCACACCUCUGCUGGAGAUGAAGAAUUUGGUUCAACACCCAGCAAAUAUAAGCUGAAAGUAAAAUAUGGACUCAUACGUUAUCCAGUACAUAAAUGUUCUCUCUCCCCUAACCUGCUGAGUUCCAUUCCAUUAAGCUGUAUAGAACUAGGAGAUCUUGGAACCUAGUAAAUAUCCACCAUUUCUCUCAGAUUUUAGCAGUGCUGAUUGGUGCAUAUUGGAAAUCUGGGAGAAAGUUGAAAACAAAGUAGGUGCGCUUGAUUCGUCACGCCACACAUUCGGGCGAGCUGAAUCAAGCGCACCUAAAGUUAGAGCUGCUGUACAUUGGCAGUGUACUUUUGAUUGUUGCUCUGCCAUUCUCUGUUUAACCAAUAAAGGCUUCUGAC